UGGCGCUCGAGCAAUGCACUUCCGGUGAAGCACUUCCGCUUGGUUUGACAACAGAAAUUGAGCGGCGGAAGCUAACCGAGAGAGUCGCUGGAUUGUUGAGUUUCUUGUCAUUUUUAAAAACAAAAAAGGAACAAACAUAAAAAUGUCGGACGACAGGGCCGAGAGAUCCGACGGGAAAAUCGUCAAGAUGGAGGUCGAUUACAGCGCUACUGUAGACCAGCGGCUGCCCGAGUGCGAGAAAAUAGCUAAAGAAGGGCGACUUCAAGAAGCCGUCGAGAGCCUUCUAUCUCUGGAGAAGCAAACCAGGACGGCUUCGGACAUGGUGUCUACAUCGAGGAUCUUGGUGGCCAUUGUGCAAAUGUGUUACGAGGCAAAAGACUGGGACGCGCUCAACGAGAACAUCAUGGUGUUGUCGAAGAGGAGGAGUCAGCUGAAGCAGGCUGUGGCCAAGAUGGUGCAGGAGUGUUACAAAUAUGUGGAUGCUGUUAGCGACCUGGCGGUCAAACUGAGGCUCAUCGACACUCUAAGAACCGUUACUGCCGGAAAGAUUUACGUCGAGAUCGAGCGUGCAAGACUCACCAAGACGCUGGCUGGCAUCAAAGAGCAGAAUGGGGAGGUUAAAGAGGCCUCGUCCAUUCUACAGGAGCUGCAGGUGGAAACGUACGGCUCCAUGGAGAAGAAAGAGAAGGCGGAGUUCAUCUUGGAGCAGAUGAGGCUGUGCAUAGCUGUGAAGGACUACAUCCGCACGCAGAUCAUCAGCAAGAAGAUCAACACCAAGUUCUUUCAGGAGGAAGGCACCGAGGAGUCCAAGCUGAAGUACUACAAUCUGAUGAUUCAUGUGGACCAACAUGAAGGCUCUUACCUUUCCAUAUGUAAACACUACCGGGCUAUUUAUGACACUCCAUGCAUCCUGGAGGAUGGCUCCAAGUGGCAGCAGGCCCUGAAAAGUGUGGUUCUGUAUGUGGUUCUGUCUCCAUAUGACAAUGAACAGUCCGAUCUGGUCCAUCGGAUCAGUGCAGACAAGAAACUGGAAGAAAUCCCUAAAUACAAGGAUUUUCUGAAGCAGUUCACCACCAUGGAGCUGAUGCGCUGGUCCUCCCUGGUGGAGGAUUACGGGAAGGAGCUGCGCGAGGGCUCUCCAGACAGCCCUGCCACUGACGUCUUCACCGAGACCGAGGAGGGAGAGAAGAGAUGGCAGGACCUGAAAAACAGAGUGGUAGAACAUAAUAUAAGGAUUAUGGCCAAGUAUUACACAAGAAUCACAAUGAAGAGGAUGGCUGGACUUCUUGACCUUUCCAUCGAUGAGUCCGAGGAGUUCCUGUCCAACCUGGUGGUAAACAAGACCAUCUACGCCAAAGUGGAUCGGCUGGCAGGCAUCAUCAACUUCCAGAGGCCCAAAGACCCCAACGACCUGCUGAACGACUGGUCGCACAAACUCAACUCGCUCAUGUCCCUCGUCAACAAAACCACACACCUCAUCGCCAAGGAGGAGAUGAUCCACAACCUGCAGUAGUCUUCAGCUCGGAAAUUCCACAACUGCCUCAAAUUGGACCGAAUUUCUUUAUUUCAGCAAAAAUAAAAAACCGAAUUGUAGUUUUAGGAACCCUUGUCGGUAAUAACGAUGACAUCGGCUUCUUCUGGCUGUUUUUCAGUCAUACUGGCGUAAUCGUUCAGAUGUUCAGAAUUCAUAAUCACUGUAAACCUGCGUAACAUGGAGUCAAAUCUGAUCUCAAAAAAUGUUCAUCCAAGUUCACGGCUUUGGUACAGGGGUAACGUUAUGGUCAGAAUUUGGCAAAAACCUGCAUCACUGAUUUUUGCCAUAUGACUGUUGCGCCAUGUUUGAAAAUUUUUCUGGAGUGUUUUGCAAAUACACAUUAAAUCUUUCUUUUGAAAA